AUGUAUAUAUAUUAUUUCAAAACAAUUCUUAUAUUGGUAUUAUAUAAUAUAUGUUAUGUUUGGAGUGAUGCAAUAAAACUAACAACUACUAAUAUUGAUUCAAUACUUUCAUCACAUCAAGUUGUUUUUAUUAAUUUUUAUGCUAAUUGGUGUCGAUUUAGUCAAAUGCUUAAUCCAAUAUAUGAUCAACUUGCUGAUAAACUCUCAAAAGAAUAUACAGUAUGUCUUUUGGCUAUUGGAAAAGUUGAUUGUGAUUCCGAAUCAUCUAUUUCAACAAAAUAUAAUAUUAAUAAAUAUCCAACAUUAAAAUUAUUUCGACAUUCAAUAUUAAUCAAACGAGAAUAUCGAGGAGCAAGACAACUUGAUGCUUUAAUAGAUUAUAUUCAUAAACAAAUUGAAUCACCAAUAAUUAAAUUAUUUAAUAAAACUGAUUUAAUAAAAUUAGAUAUGAAUAAAGAUUAUAUUAUUGGACAUUUUAAUGAUUAUUUAUCGGAUAAUUAUAAAAUAUAUUCAAAAGUAGCAAAUCUUCUUCGAGAUCAAUGUCUUUUUGCUGCAUCAAAUAAUAUAUUAGAAGAAUUUGAAAAUGAACGUCCAACAAAUGAUAUUAUUUAUUAUCGUCCAUCUAAAUCAUCAAAUAAAAGUGAUGAAUAUUAUAAAGGAGAACUAAAUAAUGAAGAAAUAUUCUAUAGAUGGUCACAUAAUAAAUGUCUUCAUUUAGUUCGAGAAAUAACAUUUGAAAAUGCUGAAGAAUUAACCGAUGAAGGUUUACCAUUUCUUAUUUUAUUUCAUCAUAUUGAUGAUCAUAAAUCAGUAUCAAUAUUUGAAUAUCAAGUUCAAAAACAACUUAUGCAUCAAACAGCAAGUAUUAAUUGUUUACAUGCUGAUGGAGCAAAAUUUCUUCAUCCAUUAGAACAUAUUGGAAAAGGAAUGUCUGAUUUACCAUUAUUAGUUAUUGAUACAUUUCGACAUAUGUUUAUUUUUCCAGAUUUUAAUCAAAUAUCAAUAAAUGGAAAAUUAUUAGAAUUUGUUAAAGAUCUUCAUUCAGGAAAACUUCAUGAACAUUUUCAUAAUCCAAUUCCAUCAACCAAACAAACAAUUAUUCAAAAAAAUAUUGAUUCGAAAAUAAAAGACAAUGGAAUAGAUAUUGGAAAAAGUUUAUCAAAUAAAAAAGAUGAUUUAUCUCAACGAUCAGAAAAUGAAUUUGUCAAAAUAAAUAAUCGAUUAUAUCCACCAGAAUCUGUUUUUGUUCGUUUAACACCAAGUCGACAACGUUAUUCAUUCCGUGAUGAAUUAUAG